UUAUUCAUUUCAAAAUAAGUGCCGAUCGAAAAAUUUUAAUUCUAUAAUUUUUUUAUUACAAUGUACUAUUAUAUUGACAUAUAUGUAAAACAAAAAAUACAUUAAUACAAAGAUAUGAUAAAUGUUAAAUAAAUCAUUCCAUUCGAACUUCAAAAAACUUGCCUAUACUUAUUUUAUCGAAAUUUUUCUACUAUGAAUCUCUUGUCAUUUUUUAUUGUCAAGGCAACGAUAUAAUCAACCAAAAUAUUCAUUUGUUUUACCAAAAUAUCUUUCAACCGUGUUAUCCUUUGAACAAGUUUUUAUAGGUAUCUACAAGGAUUGAUUUCCCUCAUCGCGAUCCGAAAUUUCUUAAUCGCUGUAUAAGAACAUCUAAGAUUAAAGUUACAUAUGUAAGCAUCUUAGUGAAGUCAAAAAAUAUCAGAAACGUCGAAGACGUGAUUUCACAAAAAGGACCUGGACCUGCAGAUACGAAAACCGCUUCAGCCGUGGAUCGCAUAAACGAGGGUAGUCAAACGGCGGUGUCGAAACCCCGGAAAUCGCGUCGCAAGAAGACAAAAAACGCUACAGCCAAUUCCAAGGCAAAAGCAAUGACAACUCCUUGCGGCGAAUAUCGGAAGGAGAUCCAAAAAUGUAACGUUCAAACAGGAACACAAGCGGUAAAUCAACAACCAUGUUCCAUACCAGCAAUUCAAAGUCAAAAUACCUCAACAGCACCGAUGCGACCGAGAUCUCUUUAUACAGCGCACAGUUAUCACGCACAAACAGAUGAAACUAAUUUCCAGCGAUACAGUGAAUUUCCCAAAUACUUUGAAGCACCGCCAUCGGAACAAUGGGGUGGAUUAGCCGGUGCAACAGCAUUUUCUAAUUCAACAGCAUUGUGGCGACAACCACGAAAUUCUAAAACUAUUGCACCAUACUAUGAAGAAACAUGCAUCUACGCAGAAAACUGGAGAGAACAUGAUACUGAUGCCGCUAUUGUAACUACACCACAUGGUACAAUUUCAUUGAGACUUCACAACAGAAUUCGGGUUGAUAUGACGAUCGAUCGAGCAGUUAGAGUAAUUAAUUUUAAGAAUAACAUUGUACUAUCGUUGAGCGGUUCUGGAGCAGCUGCAGCAUUACUCCAUCCAAACGGAAGAAUAUAUCAAUAUGGAUCACGAGUUGAAAUCCUGGCCCAUGAUGCCCACGGCAAUAACAAAUACGCAAAGAUGUGGUAUAAAGGAGUGAGCUUUACUUCAGAACAAUGUGCUCUAGUUUAUUUAGUUGAUACGGCGGGAACAAGAACAACUACGGAUUCAUUUUCAGAUAUGAGUCAGGACUUUUCUCUUAGUGUUUUUUACUCUCGUUCCCGGCACGGUCCAGCAUGUUUGCAAGAAGCUACGGCAGCUUUAGGUGCCGCUCAAUACUGGUUAACUAAUGAAGGUGUAGAAAAUUGGAUCAUUAAUAAUGUUAGAGUUUCGCAAACACCUGAUGGUCUUGUCAGGAUUGCUCGAAAUAGUAACAAAUAUCAAUUACGAACAUCACCUAGUAAUGGUACAGCUUCGUUAACGACUCCAUUUUUACAUUGUACUGCAUCUCUUGGUCAAACAUCUCAUCUUUUUGUGCGACGCGGUGAACGACGCAUGCAUUAUGACGGAACUAGUUUUAUUGUACGAAACGCGGGUCAUAGUGCUGGAUUCGACGACAACAAUCAAUUGAAAGUUUAUUAAGAAAAUUUAACAUGAAC